AUGCAAGCUGAUUGCACAUCUGGAGCCCUCAUCUCUUCCGGAGGGCGUGGUGGCCGUGGCCGUGGCGGACGUUGUGAUGUUAAUCAAUACAUUGAAAAGCAUCGCAAUAAAUGCGAGUUUUGUGGCAUCCGGGGCCACGACCGCCCAGAGUGUCGUUUAUACUUGGGGGUGCUGGAGCUGGGGCCAAUGAGAGCGCAGGUUAGCUAUAUAGGAAAGCAUAUGAUGCGUGGAAUUGACUUGUACGAUCAGGCAAUGCGACGAGGGAGACACCAGGGUCGCCUCCACAACCAGCAGCAGAACCAGCACCACCAUCACCAGCCACAGCAACAGCAGCAGCUACAGGAACAGCAACAACAGCAGCAGCAGCAGCAACAACAACAACAGGGGGAGCAACGGCAACGGCAACCACAGUAG